CUUCUCAUCACCAUGUCUGGAUCUUCUUCUGCUGUCAAACAAGAAGAGCAACAAGAGACUGUCUCUAUUUAUGCUUGGGUGAACGAUAACUUGAAUGUGCUUGUGAAACUGAUGGUGUUUACUGCUGCUUUGUUUGCUUUUCCUAUUCUUACUUUUUUCCUUACACUUCAUAGCUUAUUUGAUGGAAAUACAACGUAUGCAGGUGGUGCUGCUGCUGCUAUGGCUAAUGUGAUCGUGAUUCUCUAUAUCAUCACAGCUAUUCUUGAAAGACCCAACGAGUCCAAGCAAAAGAACGAAUAAUCACGUGAUAAUAAACA